GUCAACAAUAACCUUUUCGGGUCUAGGUCUCAAGGUAUCAUCGGAUAAACACACCCAUUAAGGGAUGAGGCAGAGACCGAUGUCUGUCUAAGACACACAUCCACCUGCCCGAAGUAUUUCAUGACUCCGCUACCCGACAGUCAUGACGGAUCUAUUCUAUCUGCUGAAUCGCCUUGCUCACUGCAACACCAAUACUGCAGAUUUGUGAAGUCAUGACUCUUUCCGUUGCUGGCAAAUACGCCUUGAUCACUGGUGCGGGAUCAGGCAUCAACCUUGCCUUCGCCAAAUUGCUCCUCGAGCGCGGCUGCUCCGUCAUGAUAGGCGACCUCGCUCUCCGCCCCGGCGCAUCCUCCCUCUUGACCCAGUACCCUCAUUCGCAGCAGCCGAGCCGGCCCUCAGCCCUGUUCCAAUCUACCAACGUGGCUUCCUGGCCACAGCUCACGAAGCUCUGGGCUAAGGCCUUGACCUCCUUCCCUCAGAUCGACAUCGUCAUCCCGGGCGCCGGGAUCUUCGAGCCCGCGUGGAGCUCGUUCUGGCAGCCACCAAGGACUGAGUUGAAUGGACAGACCGAGUCCCGCGACAGCGCGGAUGCAGAGCCCGGUAUCUAUGCCGUGCUGGAUGUGAAUCUAACGCACCCGAUCCGGCUGAGCCAGCUCGCGAUCGGUUACUGGACGCAGCAGAGACGGAACGGCUGCCUGGUGCAUGUCAGCAGCAUCGCGGGCCACGCAUGUGGGAUUGGGACGCCACUGUACAUAACAACCAAGCAUGGCCUGCACGAGUUCGUGCGGUGCCUCGGCGGUAUGCGAGACCGAAUGGGGAUUCGGUGCAGUGCCGUUGCGCCAGGGGCGGUCAUGACGCCUCUAUGGCUGGAGGAUCCUGGUAAGAAGCACCUGGCGCAGGGUGAGGGCGCAGAGCUGUUCAUAGAGCCCGAGGGGGUUGCGGGAGGCAUGCUGGAGCUCUGCGAGAACCCGGAGUACGGCAAUGGGACGAUCUUGGAGGUCACGAAGGACGCGACGAGAGUCGUUCCCUUGUAUGAUGCCGACCCACCGAGUGGAAAGGGGGCAAUAAUACCUAAGCUUGCUGACGAAGGCGAGAAGAUUUGGAAAGGGCUCGAGGAUCAGGGGUCAAAAGUGUAGCUGAGGACUUCGAUCCUAUAUCUAUGAGAGAAUGAUGCUAUUCACGGCAUCCUACAUAGGUUUCACGCCGAUCUACAUAUGUAGCACGCUGAAGUAUCGGAAGCUCUAGGAAUUGCUAGGACAGAAUGUGGAAUCACACGUUGGA